AAAACAAAUUAGAGUAAAAGAAGUGGGGCAGAAAAGAGAAUAAGGAAAGAUAAUAAUGGCCACAACUUGAGAGAUUCAAACGGCGAUUCUUGCGUCUUCCCCAACCAUUCCUCUUUCACUCCAACCCUCCUCCCCUCAAAAUGUUUCAUUCUUCAUUCAAAACCCGUCCUCGUAUGGAUUUUCAAUUUCUAUUUUUAUUUAUUCUCUUUCAUCCUCCCCAAAUUUCUACCCAAAUAUCGUAUGGCAACCACCACUGUAGCUACAGGAACAACAAUGGCGGAAGCCAGAAUCGAUUACAUGUAGGCCCCAUGAAUUUUAUCAAACACCUUUAAUCUUUGCCUGAUUCUUAUUCCUGAAGGUGCUGUAUGGUUUUGCAUGCUGGAGGAUAAUAAAUUUCCGUUGAGAAUUUCGACUCUGGUGCUACCGGACGAUGUCGUUUAAUCGCAAGGGUGGAAACUCGGACGAGAUGAAUCACACGUCACCAUUAGAAGAAAACACAACCAUGGACCACGAAGCCAAAAACGAGCACCCUUCUUCUUCAUCUCACAAAAGAAUGGAAGCAAUGUCACACAUCGACCCGAAUCCGUGUGGGCCCUACAGCCCAAGAAGAUACAACGACAGCACAUCACCCUCAAUGUCACCCACCACAAAAACAGGCACCGCCGCCAAGAGCAACCUAUCAAUCAUCAACCAAGGGUGGGCCAGCGGCGGCAGCAGCCGGAGCGACAGCCUGGACAGCACAACCGCCCCCCUCCGGCCACACACUGGCGGCGAUGUCAGGUGGGACGCCAUUAGUGCCGCCGCUUCGAAAGAUUCUCCACUAGGGCUGACUAAUUUCCGGCUCUUGAAGAGGCUCGGUUACGGAGAUAUCGGAAGUGUAUACCUUGUUGAGCUACGUGCGACUAAUACCUUCUUUGCUAUGAAAGUUAUGGAUAAGGGUUCGCUUGCGAGUAGGAAUAAAUUGCUUCGAGCACAAACAGAGAGAGAAAUUUUGGGUCUGCUUGACCAUCCUUUUUUGCCUACAUUGUAUACUUACUUUGAGACUGAGAAAUUUUAUUGCUUGGUUAUGGAGUUUUGUAGUGGCGGUAACCUUCAUACGCUUCGGCAGAAGCAGCCCAACAAGCAUUUUACGGAGGAAGCUGCCAGAUUUUAUGCAUCAGAGGUGUUAUUGGCUCUCGAGUACCUGCACAUGCUAGGAAUCGUUUACCGAGAUCUAAAGCCGGAAAACGUUCUAGUUCGAGAAGAAGGCCACAUCAUGCUUUCCGAUUUCGACCUCUCGCUCCGCUGCUCCGUCUAUCCAACCCUAGUAAAAUCCUCCUCCGUCCACGGCCCAAAUUCCGAUAAUACCCCUGGCGGAAUCCUAAACGACGAAAACGCCGUGCGUGGCUGCAUGCAGCCCUCCUCCUUCCUCCCGCGCCUCCUCCCCAAAAAGAACCGCAAAUCCAAAUCCGAUUUCGGCCUCGGAAAUAACAUAAACGCCCUCCCGGAGCUCAUGGCGGAGCCCACGAACGUCCGGUCGAUGUCGUUCGUCGGGACCCAUGAGUACCUGGCGCCAGAGAUCAUCCGCGGCGAGGGACACGGCAGCGCGGUGGACUGGUGGACGUUCGGAAUAUUCCUCUACGAGCUUCUCCACGGGACCACCCCUUUUAAGGGGUCCGGAAAUAGGGCGACACUUUUCAAUGUGGUGGGCCAGCCCCUGAAGUUUCCGGAUAAUCCGCAGGUGAGUUUUACGGCGAAGGAUUUGAUAAAGGGAUUGUUGGUUAAGGAGCCGCAUAAGAGGAUUGCGUAUAAGAGAGGCGCGACUGAAAUCAAGCAGCAUCCGUUUUUCGAAGGUGUGAAUUGGGCUUUGGUGAGAUGUGCCGCUGCGCCGUAUAUACCUGAACCGGUGGAUUUUACGCAAUUCGCGUGUAAAGACAACGGUGGUCAUGCAGAUAAGAAGAUGGCGGAUAUUGGAUGCGAUAGGAACAAGAGCAGCUCUAGUGACUCUUCUUAUGUUGAAUUCGAGUAUUUCUAGGGUUUUUCGAAUUCUUGAUGUUUUUAUUUUAUUUCUUUAAAAAAAAAUCAUGUGUACAUUUUAUUUUUUGAGUUUAGUUUGUCAGUUUAAUGAGUUUUAUUAAGCAAUGUAAAUACUGUAAAAUGAUGCAAAAUAUACUGCAGAUUUGAGGGACAAUAAAAACUUGAGUUAUGUAAUC